AUGUACAUUGUUUUUUUCUCUUUUGUCUAUGUUGUGUAUUCGAUAACUUAUGUAAUCAACAAAGAUGAGAUUAAAGUAAAUCAAAAAUAAAUGCUUAGAUUUUGGAGAAUUAUGCAAUUGGGAUUGAAAAAUAUGAUAAAUUAAAAGAAAAACUAUCUAUUUAUAAUGUUGGUUAAAUUGAUAAUGAUGAACAGAUUAUUCAAAUUAUAUCUAUGUUUAUGCCUUUUGAUUCUUAAUAAAGAGUAGAUAUCUUAACCAAAAAAAUAGACAAUAAAUACAGAGUAUAUACUUUAUAUUAUACUAAAUAAGUAAAUAUCAAAAAAUAUAUAACUAGUAAAGUUCAGAAUAUAAUUUAAAAAAAGUGGAAUUAGAAGAAGAAAAUUGUACAUCUAUAACAUAUUAUAAUAACGAAUUUGUGGUUGAUUGUACUUUUUCAUAAAUUCUUUUUGUAUUGUAGAAUGGAAAUAAAAUCUAAUAUAACAACACUUAAAAUCUUUAAUUCACUAAAAUUUUUGGGUUUUAUAAUGGAUUAUUAGGUUUAUCUCCAGGAUAUUUAACGUUCUUUAAUGAAUCAUUGUAUAUGGAAAGGUAGAUUCAAAUAAAUUACAUUUAAGUUUUAAAAGAUGAAAAAAAUGUUUAUAUAUUAACUGAACUAUAAGUUAUCUAAUAUACAUAAGAUGGAGGUGUAAUUUUAUAUGAUCAUUCAUGUUAAAAAAAACCUGAAUUUAUGACAAUAUUAGGUGAUAUUUUUUACAUUUAAUGUGGUACUUUAAGAAAGAUUCAUAAUAAAGAGAUUGAAGUAUUUUCAUAAAAAGUAACUCAAUUGUCUGCCACUAAUCGAUAUCUUAUUAUAAAUAAUACUAGUAUUUAUAAUAAAGACUUUGAUUCCAAUUUUUAAGUUUCUAUUGGUUAAAUCUAUCCAACAAACUAUGAUGACGAUAUAAUACAAAUAGUAAAUAAUAAAAUAUAAAUUGGUUCAAUUUUUGGUUACUACUUAAUAUAAUCAGAUGAAAUUUGUUAAUUUAAUUUAUCUUUUAAUUCUUUUUAUGUUGUAGAUUAAGGAUUAUAAACAUUAAAUUCUGGAGAAUCCGAAUUUUAUGGUAAUGAAUAUAAAAUUCUAAAUUAUGUUUCUGGACCUUUUAUAUAAAUUUAAGAAUAAGGAUUUCUUAAUCAGCCUUAUAAAUUGAAUAUUGAAAAGGAGCUUACAAAUAAACAAUUGUUAACAUUACUUAAUUAUUUGGAUGAAUCCAUACUGUUAAUAUAUUUAUAAGAUUCUCAAUUAUACUCAUAAAAAUGUUAAACUAAUAAAUUACACCUUCUAUGUGAAAUAGAAGUACUCUUAGCACAAAAUAUUCCAUAAGACAUUAGGAAUGUUUAAGGAACUGUUGUUGGAAAUCAAAUAAUUAUUGCUUAUUAAUCAUAAGAUACACUAUUUAUUUAUAUUGAUAACAUCCUUUUAUAGUCAAUCAAUAAAGUUACUACUUUUCUAUUGUACUAAAAUAAUAUAAUAAUUCUAAACCAAUCUUAAGUAACUAUAAAUUAUGUAAUUGAUAAAUAAUUGAAAUAAGAAACCUAAAUUAAUAUAACUUGUAUAAUGGUUUCAAUGUUUUCAAAUGAUAUUGCAUUAGUUGAUUAAAAAAAUAAUCUUGUAAUAAUAAGUAAUUCUAAUAAUGGGUGGUAUUAAUCUUUUAUAAAAUCAUUUCAAGAUAAAAUUUUUAAUAUUAAUUAUAUUAAUUCUUAAUUAAUUGUUCUAACAAAUAAAUAAGCAUUUGUUUAUGAGAAUAGAAUUUUAAGAGGAAAGUUACUUUUAGAUGAUCCUAUUGAAAAUCUCAAUUAUUAAUCAACUUAAACUCAUUUAUAUAUUUAUAAUAGUACAAACAUUCUUUAAUUUCAAAUUUAUUCUGAACUUUCCUUAUCAAGUUGGCCAUAAUAAAUAAUUUAAUAAAAAAUUGAAUAAAGAUUUCUAACAUUAACAUUUAGAGAGCAUGAACUAUUACUUUAAGAUAAUAAUCUAUACAUAUAUAGUUCAAUUUUAGAAUUUACACCUAACAACAUUGUAGAAAGAGAUGUCUAUUCUAGAUUUAUUUUUGUUGAUGUAAUUUUCAAUAAUUAUAAAAAUUAAUCAAUAACUGUAAAAGUCAAAUUAAUUGGUAAUAUUUUGAAAUUGUAGCCAUUAUAAUUUAAUCAAACAGAUUAUAAAAUAAAUAAUGGUUUAUUAUAAAUUGAUUAAAGUUUAUUUUUUGAUGGACCAAUUUCAAGUAUUAUUAGCGAUUCAAAAGAUAAUUUUUAAAUCCUUGAAAGAGUUACUUAGUCUUAAAAUUAACCAAGUUGGAUAAAAUAUGGUUUUAAUGAUCUAAUAUAUAUUGGAAAUGAUUAAAGAAUAGUUAUAUAAAAUUCAUCUUUAUUUCUGUUUUCAGAGAGCAAGUCUUAAUAAAUUUUAAAUGAUAUUAAAAAUUGCUUUACCUUAGAAUAAGAUCAAUUGUAAUUUUAUUUGGUUUGUUAAAACUUUAUAUAUGCUGGUUUGAAAUAAAACCCAGAAUAAAUAGACAAAUUUGAUUUUGACAUAUCUUUUAAUUAAUUAAUAAGUAUCAAAUUUGAUUAAGGUUAGAAAAUAGGAAUAUUAAAUCAAUUAGAUUAGGAUACUCAGAUUUCAAUUUAUGAAAACUAUAAAUUAAAAGAACAAAAAGUAAUUGAUGGACUAAAGGAUUUUUAAUUUAGUGAUGAUGCAAAUUUAAUAUUAUUAAUAUCAAAUAAAGUGAUAAUUGUUGAUAGCUAAUUAAAAGAAAUUAAUUAAUUUGAUUUAUUAGCUAAUUUAAUAUAAACUGAAUAAAACUCUGCAUUAUAAUUCAUAGAAUUUUAAUAAAUUUGCUAAUAUAAAGAAAACUAAUAUAUAGUUUCAAGUAAAGAUGGUCCAAUUUAUUUAAUAUUUUUGAAUAAACAAUAUUCUGAGUUAGUUUUGCAAUUUACAAAUAUCUAAGGCACAACUGCAAUAGAAACUUACUUAUUAGAAAAAUCAAUAUUAAUAUGUAUAUAGAAGAAUGAAAAUAAUGACUAUUUUGCUGCUUUUUAUGAUUUUGAGGAUAAAUCAAAAUCUUCCCUAAUAAUUCCAUAUUUUAAUGUUAUAAAAUUGGGAUCACCUUUAUCAUUUUAUCAUUAUACAAGACAAUAUAAUAAUAAUUCAAUAGUAUUAAAUGAAAGAUCAGGUGCAAUUUCAGUAUUUUUAAUUAAUGAUUAUGUAAAAUAAUUUAAAAUUUGCUUAGCUCCAGAUAAAAAGUAUUUCAUAAAAUAAGAAGUUAGAAGAAUUAAUAGCAAAUGAUUUGAAUUUUUAGUAGACAAAAGUAAAUUUAAAAAUAGAUUUGAGUGAAUCAGAAUAAAAGGAAAAUCGGAUCAUAGUAAUUUAUAUUUUAUGUGGAGUUUUUGGAAUUAUAUUUUUAUUGAUAGCGUUCAGGUAUUUGAGAAGAUGCUGUUUAGCAAGACACCUUAAAUUAAUCGAAGAAAAACCUUCAUAAUUUAAAAGUGAAUAUAUAUGA